UAGUCCAAUUCGUCCAAUUCAAAUUGCAACCCGCAACAAGCCAAGGCAACAACCCACAACAAUCUGCUUGUGUGAAAAACAGAAUCAGAAUAUUUCAAUUUUCUGUCAGACUUUUCAAAUAUUGGGAUCUAGGAUUUGUGGAAAAGGAUAGUAAAAGAGGUGCUGGUACUGUAAGGAGAUGCCCAACAGCAAGGUUUCGGCGGAGGAAGCACGGGAAAAGGUAUCUAAGUACAAGGAUGACAUCAAGGUGGAGGGCGAGCGUGUCGUCAAUGACGUGCUGCCGCAGCGGAUCCUUGAGAUGAACGAGCUGCUGGAGCAGGCGCCGUUCACCACCACCGACCUGCGCCAGUUCCACAGCGCUCUGCAGGUGGGCGUGCCGCCGCCGCUGCACGCCGAUGGACAGCCGCCGCCCGGCAAACGGCGCAAGCGCAGCGAGGACGCCGGCGACGGCGAGUCUCCCCCGGCCUCCUGCCUCCUCCCGCACGGCUCUGUGCCGUGCAACAAACCCAUCACCGACAUCAUAGAGAUACUCAAACCGAUUAUCCGGCGAAUCAUGGAGGAGACGAAUUUGCUGAAGAUGUGGGUGACCUACAUGAUUCCGAAGAUCGAGGACGGCAACAACUUUGGCGUCUCGAUCCAGGAGGACGCGCUCGGUGAGGUAGCUUCGGCUGAAACCGAGUCGGCCACUCACUUCUACGAAAUCUCGCGCUACUUCAGCUUCCGAGCCAAGCUGGUCUCCAAGGUGGUCAAGUACCCGCACAUAGACGACUACCGACGCGCCGUGGAGGAGCUCGACGAAAAGCAGUUUGUCUCGCUGCGGCUGACGCUGGUCGAAAUCCGCAACCGGUACGCCACCCUGCACGACGUCAUCAGCAAGAACCUGGUCAAGAUCAAGAAGCCUCGGUCGGUGGACUCAGCCGAGUCGAUGUACUGAGCGUUACCGUGCGCGUGCGCAGUGACGCGGAGACUCUGCCGGGCGGGCGCCCUCGGGUCGGCCCCGCCCACGUUCCAGUGCUGGGGCGGCUCGGGUCGCACAGCCAACAGUCAUACUUUCAUGGAUCAUAAUCGUGCCUCACUAGAAUAAAUACACCUCGGAAGGUGCAA